CUCUAUGUUUGUGGUGGGAGACAGAGAGAGAGGGAGGGAGGGAGAAAGAGAGAGAAAGACAGAAAUUAAGGUGUCUUUCAAACUACCGGGAGCUUGAUGGGUGGGUUUUCUUUCCUGUUUUUUGCUUGUUUCUGAUUCUUUAGAUCAAUGUUGUCAUAGGUUUGUGGCACAGAAAAUUUCAGAGAAAGUAAUCCAGGCGUACUGUUUGGAGGAAAGAGAUUUAAACUAUUACACACUCCAGCAAGUCAUUCCUAUUAAAAUCCCAAGGCUCCAACUCUCUCAUUAUGAAGACAACAAGAAUUAUUACAAUAGCCUCUGCUUUGUUGCUGACUUGUAUCAAUGCAACGAAAGAAGCCACAAAGAAGAAUAAAAAGUCUAAACUAUAUGUUCCCCAGAUUGACUGUGACAUAAAAGCUGCGAAGAUUAUCAAUCCAGAAUUUAUUGCAAAGUGUCCUGCAGGAUGUCAAGAUGUGAAAUACCGAGUUUAUGGCACUGACAUCUAUGCCUCUUUUUCCAGUAUCUGUGGUGCUGCUAUUCACAGUGGCACAAUUGACAAAUCUGGAGGGAAAAUCCUGGUUCAAAAAGUCGCUGGACAGUCUGGCUAUAGAGGAAGUUUUUCCAAUGGAAUCCGAUCACUGUCUUUACCACGAUGGAGGGAGUCCUUCAUUGUUUCAGAAGGUAAACCCAAGAAAGGUGUGCAGUAUCCAUCUACGCUUGAAUAUUCAUCUUCCAAAAGCACACCUGUUAAAGGAGGGUCACUACGCAAGGAUUAUCAAACAACAGCUGCAGCACCAUUAGCGACCACACCACAAAUAGCCAUGACGACACCGAAGCCCCUCAUCAUGACAACGGCAUUUGUCAGUCCAACUCCAAAGCCAACUACAAUCCCAACUACAGUUACUACAACAGUAACCACCAAAAUGACUACUAUGGCAGCUGCAAAGCCUCAGAUCGGGGUGCAUAAGGUCAGAGAUAUAGGUUCUAGCAAUGUUCAUCCAGCCUAUUCAUCAGUGGCAGCUGUAGCAUCAAGGCAGGUUCAGGCUGUCCAAGGAAGAACCCAGAAUCAAGCACUCAGAGGCACUUCCAGCUAUGCAAGUAACAGAAAUAUCCCUCGACCUAAUACAGGUCUUCAAAGGCAAGAGCCAAUUGCUGCAUUCCGAAAGCCUCCCAACAAUCCUACAAACCUGGCUAUGGAAAGAGACUUAUGGAAGCCUGCAUCAAGCCUUUUGGACACAGGUUUCAGCUCCAAGGAAGACUUGGUUCCCAAAACUUUGGAACCAGCAUCCCAUGGAAACCCAAAUUGCAAAGUUGAUGUGUGCUUCUUGAUAGAUGGGAGCUGGAGCAUUGGCAAGCGUCGCUUUCAGAUUCAAAAACAUUUCCUCAAAGAUGUAGCUCAAUCCCUGGAUGUUGGUGUAGCUGGCCCUCUCAUGGGCAUCAUUCAAUAUGGUGAUGACCCUUCUACUGAAUUUAACUUGAAGACUUAUUCAAACUCAAAGGACCUGAAAAAUGCUAUUGAGAAAAUACUUCAGAAAGGAGGACUCUCCAAUGUUGGGAAAGCACUGUCCUUUGUUAACAAGAACUUCUUUGAGGAUUCAAAUGGAAAUCGAGGCGCUGCACCCAAUGUUGCCAUAGUCUUGGUGGACGGAUGGCCCACUGAUAAGGUGGAAGAGGCCUCAAGGCUGGCAAGAGAAUCUGGCAUUAACAUUUUCUUUGUCACCAUUGAAGGACCAGAUGAAAAUGAAAAGCAGAAUGUUGUUGAAGCCAACUUUGUGGAUAAGGCUGUAUGCAGAACCAAUGGGUACUAUUCUAUCAAUGUUCCCAGCUGGUUCAGUUUACACAAAGUAGUGCAGCCUCUAGUGAAACGGAUCUGUGACUCUGAUCACCUAGCAUGCAGCAAGACCUGUUUAAAUUCAGCAGACAUUGGGUUUGUCAUCGAUGGCUCCAGCAGCGUUGGCACAGGCAACUUCCGCACCGUCCUCCAGUUCGUAGCCAACAUCAGCAAGGAAUUUGAGAUUUCUGACACAGAUACCCGCAUUGGAGCCGUGCAGUACACCUACGAACAGAGACUGGAAUUUGGUUUUGAGAAACACAACACAAAACAGGAUGUUCUAAAUGCCAUCAAGAGAAUAAACUACUGGAGUGGAGGAACCAGCACUGGAGCAGCCAUUAACUAUGCUUUUGAACAGCUAUUCAGCAAAUCCAAACCCAAUAAGAGGAAAAUUAUGAUUCUGAUUACAGAUGGCAGGUCGUAUGAUGAUGUUCAGGGGCCUGCGACAGCAGCCCAUCAGAAUGGAGUCAUAACUUACUCUGUUGGAAUUGCAUGGGCUGCCCAGGAUGAAUUAGAAGCCAUUGCAACUGACCCUGAUAAAGAGCACUCAUUCUUUGUGGAUGAAUUUGACAGCCUGUACAGAUUUGUUCCUAGAAUAAUCCAGAAUAUCUGCACUGAGUUUAAUUCACAGCCACGAAACUGAUCAGCUCAACAUUUCCCAUUAAAUGGUCUAUCAAUUGAAGACUAUUCCAUGAGAGAUAUGAGACAAAAUGUUAAACAAGCAAUGCCAAGCCAGAGUUGGAAAGGCAUUUCCAGCCGAGACCAUUUUCAGCUCUGUUCUCCAUGCAUGCCAGCAAUGUGUGUAGAGCAAUGAAUAUUUUAUUCUAUCUGCUACUUACAAAACCGAUUUGACAGCAAGACAGCUACAAUCCUUGGUUAGAUUCAACUGACUCAUCACUCCAGUUUGAAAUUAACGUCCACAUAGAACAGGUGAAUUAAAGCUGUAAGACUGUAACCAACAUGCACAUUGGUUGUAACCCAGAUCCCAACACUUGUUGGGAAAUGUUCCCUUACAAUUCCAGCAUGUGGAAUAAGUGGCUGGCCUACAGCUGACCUUCCAGUACUAUAGUACCAUUUACUGUCAGCCUUUAAUUAAAGUUGCUGGUGAAGAUGGGGUGGGCACAGAUUUCAAAACACAGGAUCACUGAAAAAUGAGACAUGGGCGUUGGUAAAAAAAGAAGAA